AUGUCUAUGGAACUUUGUGCUUGGGAGGAUCCUCUCAUUGUCACCUCAUUCAACGGAAACACCAAAGAACUCGGAAACCAGCUCGAUGCCGGGAGAAGCGUCGAUGCUCGCGACCUACAAAAUGGGCGGACACUGUUAAUUUGGGCCACACUGGGAGGACACGACGAUGCCGUCGAUCUUCUCCUUCGCCGAAGUGCAAAUCCUCACUCGCAAGAUCUCAGAAACCGAACGGCCUUGUUACACGCCGUGGCAAAUGGCUACGAGGCAAUUGCAGAGAGGCUAAUCACAGCAGGCGCUAAGAUAGAUGCCACUGAUGAUGCGGGCUACACGGCGCUGAUGCUUGCUACGACCUCUGGGUUUUCUAAUCUCGUGGACAGGGUGUUGGUGUUGGGAGCAAACAUUGAUACUAAAGAAUGGCAGUACGAGAAGAAUCCGCUCCUCUACGCGGCAGAGCACGGGUUUGAAAAGUGCGUGGAGUUACUGUUGAACGCUGGUGCAGAGGUGGACUUUGUGGACAAAAGCGGUCGAACCUCUCUGUCGUGGGCAGCCGGGAAUGGCCAUACAAAUAUCGUCAAUCUUCUGUUACAGAAAGGCGCCAACCCAAAUAUGAAAGACAAUGAUUUGGAGCGGACACCAUUUCUGUGGUCCAUCAAAAACGAGCGACUCGCCGUCAUUGAGAUCUUGAAAGAGAAAUCACCCUGA